AUGACCGAUAAUGGUGCAUUGACUAAACGUAUCGAAAGUGCUCGUUUACUACAAGAACCAGUGCCAGGCAUAAACGCAAUAGUUGAUGAACAGAAUCCACGUUAUUUUAAAGUAAUCAUUGAUGGACCUAGUGAAAGUCCAUAUGAGGGUGGUAAAUUUAAAGUUGAAUUAUUUUUACCUGAUGAAUAUCCAAUGGCACCGCCAAAAGUUCGUUUUAUGACAAAACUUUAUCAUCCAAAUAUUGAUAAAUUAGGUCGAAUUUGUCUUGAUAUUCUCAAAGAAAAAUGGAGUCCUGCUUUACAAAUUCGUACCGUUCUUUUAUCCAUUCAAGCCUUAUUAAGUGCACCUAACCCAGAUGAUUUUUUAGAUGCUGAUGUUGCUGAAAAAUGGAAAGCCGAUGAAAAAGGAGCCAAAGCUAUAGCUCGUGAUUGGACUCAAAAAUAUGCUCAUGAAAAUUAG